AAUGACUUGAGAUAUUUUGAGAUGUGGUAGCAUCCCAUUCCUGACAUAAUUUGCCCAACAUGGGUGCGUUGUUUGGGAAAGACACAGGGCCGAACACGGCAGGCACCCUUGUCCCUGACACCAACAGCCCUUUGUUUGGUUGGGGAGGUGCUGGUUCUGACAAUGGUUUGUUUGGCCCUGGAGUGCCUGCUGCGAUAGCUGCUGUGCUGGGGGCAAAGCUCUCACCACAGCAGCAGAUGGAGACUCUUGACCAAGCCACAGGGGAGCUGCCGGCAGGGUCUUGUGGAAAUUUCACUCAAGGCUACCUGAAGAACAUCGCAGGGGACAAAGACAGACACUGCUACUGGGGGAAUCCGGAUCUAACGCCUGGAGAUUUCCCUGCUCCUCCACAACCUCAGAGGCCUGUGGCCGGCUACGGCAGUUAUGGAGGGUAUGGUGGCUACCCCCAGCAAGCUGGAGCUGCUGGUGCAGGCUACGGUGCUUCAGGUGCCGUUGCUGGCAUGCAAGGCUCACAAUGGUCACCAGGUCAACCCCCACGGCCUCAGCAGCCUCCGCCUCCAGGCCCAAGAAGCUGGCACGGAGAGAGCGGCCAGCGAUGGAAAGCGGGCGCUCCGCCACAGAAGCGCUCUGGAGAUUACGCCUUACCAGAGACAGCCAUCACUGGGCCCCCUGAGCACAUUGAGCCGAUCAACCCUUAUCAUCCACCACCAAGUCCAAAAGAAGAAGCAAACAGUCGCAGCCGCAGUACUUGGGGGGCCGUUGGGCGGCCGUAUGGGUGCAAACUGCAGCGCACGGCUGUUUUUGUUGAAAUCCAAGAGCCCCACGGGCGUGCGUGAGUAGCAAUUGAGACAAUGUUCGAAAAAGUUGUGCAUUGUUAAGCUCCCCAAAUGAUGGACGUGCAAAGAAGAACUGCAAGUGGCUGCUUGCAAAGGCAACUUUUUUCCUAGGAUCGGAGAAAGGCGGAAAGGUGAUCAAAAGAUGAGAAUGCGUGUACUUGAAGCAUUGUGCAGGUUCCAAGUUCCUUUUUGGGACUGCCGGAAUGGCUAUUGGCGCUGCGGGCUACUUGAUUUGAAGUUGAACCAUGAAAGAAAAAUAAAUCCAAGCACAUACAUGAGUUGGCGAAAGGAAGAUGCAAUUACAAGAAGAUGAAUGUAUAGAUAAACUGGUGUGAACAACAGGUCGGCAUAUUUAUUUGAUAGUGAUCAUAAGUUAUUGAAAGUUGCGACAAAUUA